GGUCGGUGGCCGGGACCGUGUCCGGGACUGUGGCUGUGGCUGUGGCUGUGCCCGUGGCCCAGCCCGUGGCCGGCGGGGGCCAAGCAGCUGCUCCGCUACCGGCUGUCGGAGGAGGGGCCCCCGGACCAGCGCAUCGGCAACGUGGCGGCCGACCUGGGCAUCGUGACGGGGUCCGGGGAGGUGACCUUCAGCCUGGAGUCGGGCGGCGAGUACCUGAAGAUCGACAACCUGACGGGCGAGCUGAGCACGGGCGAGCGGCGGCUGGACCGGGAGAAGCUGCCCCAGUGCCAGAUGAUCUUCGACGAGAACGAGUGCUUCCUGGACUUCGAGGUGAGCGUCAUCGGGCCGUCGCAGAGCUGGGUGGACCUGUUCGAGGGCCGGGUGGUGGUGCUGGACAUCAACGACAACACGCCCACCUUCCCGUCGCCGGUCCUGACGCUGACGGUGGAGGAGAACCGGCCGGUGGGCACGCUGUACCUGCUGCCCACCGCGACGGACCGCGACUUUGGGCGCAACGGCAUCGAGCGCUACGAGCUGCUGCAGGAGCCGGGCGGGGGCGGCCGUCGGGGGGGUUCGUCGUCGGGGUCGUCGUCGGGGUCGUCGUCGGGGUCGCCGCCGCCGUCGGGGGGCCCGGACGAGGCCCAGGCCCCCGCCGGGCCCGGGCCGGCGCGCCCGUCCGACGGCGACCCCGCCGGGGCGGGCGAGGCGGGCGUCUUCGAGCUGCAGGUGGCCGACACCCCCGACGGCGACAAGCAGCCGCAGCUGAUCGUCAAGGGCCCGCUGGACCGCGAGCGGCGCGACGCCUACGAGCUGACCCUGCGGGUGCGGGACGGCGGCCGUCCGGCCCGCUCGUCGCAGGCCCUGCUGCGGGUGCUGAUCACCGACGUGAACGACAACAGCCCCCGCUUCGAGCGCGCCGUGUACGAGGCCGAGCUGGCGGAGAACAGCAGCCCCGGGACGCCCAUCCUGCAGCUGCGGGCCUCCGACCUGGACGCGGGCGUGAACGGGCAGAUCGAGUACGUGUUCGGGGCGGCCACCGAGGCGGUGCGGCGGCUGCUGCGGCUGGACGAGGCGACGGGCUGGCUGAGCGUCCUGCACCGCAUCGACCGCGAGGAGGUGAGCCAGCUGCGCUUCGGGGUGACGGCCCGCGACCGCGGCCAGCCGGCCCGCAGCGACCGGGCCACCGUGCUGCUGGCCGUGCGCGACGAGAACGACAACGUGCCGGCCAUCGACAUCCGCAAGAUCGGCCGCAUCCCCCUGCGCGACGGCGUGGCCCUGGUGGGCGAGGACGUGCUGGUGGACACGCCGGUGGCCCUGGUGCAGGUGUCGGACCGCGACCAGGGCGAGAACGGCGCGGUGACCUGCACCGUGGUGGGCGACGUGCCCUUCCAGCUGAAGCCGGCCGGCGAGUCGGAGGGCGAGCAGAACCGCCGCAAGUUCUUCCUGCACACCUCGGCGCCGCUGGACUUCGAGGCGGCCCGCGAGCACCGCGUGGUCAUCGUGGCCGUCGACUCGGGCAGCCCCAGCCUGUCGAGCAACAACUCGCUGCUGGUGCGGGUGGCCGACGCCAACGACAACCCGCCCGUCUUCGCCCGGCCGCUGGCCGAGGUGUCGGUGGCGGAGAACAACGCCCCGGGCCAGCGGGUGGCCACGGUGGCCGCCACCGACGCCGACAGCGGCCGCAACGCCGAGCUGGCCUACUCGCUGGAGCCGGCCGGCGGGCCCUUCGCCGUGGACCCGGACACGGGGGCCAUCGUGGCCCGCCAGCCGCUGGACCGGGAGCGCACGGCCCGCUACCAGCUGCGGGUCACGGCCCGCGACAAGGGCAGCCCGCCGCUGCAGGGCACGGCCACCGUGCUGGUGCGGGUGGCCGACCGCAACGACAACGACCCGCGCUUCCUGCAGGACGUCUUCACCUUCUACGUCAAGGAGAACCUGCCCCCGGGCAGCCCGGUGGGCAUGGUCACCGUGCUGGACGCCGACCAGGGCCCCAACGCCGAGCUGCGCCUGGCCGUCGAGGGCGCGGCGGCGGCGGCCGCCUUCUCGGUGGACAACGCCACCGGCACCAUCUACUCCACGGCCGCCUUCGACCGGGAGCGCCAGGCGGCCUACGCCUUCGCCGUCCGCGCCGUCGACGGGGGCGACCCGCCGCGCUCGGCCACGGCCACCGUGUCGCUGCUGGUCAUGGACGAGAACGACAACGCGCCGGCCGUCAGCGCCCCGGACAACGGCUCGGUGGCCCUGCUGCCCCCGGCCAGCCAGGCCCGCACCGUGGUGGCCACCGUCAGGGCGGCCGACGGCGACGCCGGGGCCAACGCCCAGCUGCGCUUCGGCCUGGUGGGCGGCAACCCCUUCGGCCUCUUCGCCGUCGACGCCGACAGCGGGGCCGUGUCGCUGGUGGCCCCGCUGGCCCCGCGACACCGCGGCCUCCACCGCCUGGUGGUCCGCGUCGACGACGGCGGCCGCCCGCCGCGCUCCACCACCGCCCUGGUGCACGUCUUCGUCAACGAGAGCCUGGCCAACGCCUCGGCCGUCGAGGCGCAGGUGGCCCGCAGCCUGCGCACCCCGCUGGCCCAGGACGUGGCCGGCGACCCGGCCUACGAGCCCGGCGGCCGGCGGCUGGGGGUGGCCGUCGGGGCGGCGGCGGGGGCGGCCGCCGUGCUGCUGCUGCUGCUGGCCGCCGUGCUGGCCCGCUGCUGCUGCCGCCGCCGCCGCCGCCGCGGCCCGCGGGGCUACGAGCCCGGCAAGAAGGACCGCGACGACUUCUUCGCCCCGACGCCGGCGCAGGACAAGCCCCGCAAGGCCGGCAAGAAGGAGCGGAGGGCCGGCGCCCAGGCCCAGGCCCAGCCCGCCGCCCCCAGGCCCCUCUACAGCAGCAUCGUCACGGUGGAGGCGGCCAAGCCCGGCGGCCGGUCCUUCCUGGACGGCGGCCCCGACGCCCGGACGCCCGACGGGCCCGACCCGCUGGGCCCCGCCCGCUACCGAGCCGUCAACGGCGGCCCGGCCAGCCCCGACCUGGCCCGCCACUACCGCUCCGGCUCCCCGCUGCCCACCGUGCGCCUGCACCCGCACUCCCCGCCCGCCGCCGACAAGCACCAGGCCGUCCAGGACCUGCCGCCCGCCAACACCUUCGUCGGCGCCGGCGACGACGUCUCCCUCGGCUCCGACCGCUGCUCCGACUACGGCUGCCAGGCCGGCAAGUACGGGAAACAGCCAUUUCGUAGAGUGACGUUUUCUGUUGUGAGUCAGCCUCAAGACCCACAUCAGGGGUCAUUGCAGAGUUGCUAUGACAGCGGUCUGGAGGAGUCAGAAACACCAAGCAGUAAGAGUUCAUCAGGGCCAAGGCUGGGUGCCCUUCCACUCCCAGAGGACAACUAUGAAAGGACAACGCCGGAUGGCAGUGUUGGUGAGGCAGAGCAUAUGGAAAAUGAUUCAAGGCCUCUGCCAGAUGUAGCCCUGACGGGGAAGUGCACACGAGAGUGCGAUGAAUAUGGUCACUCAGACUCGUGCUGGAUGCCAGUUCGCACUUCCCCCGAAAGGAAGCCGAAGAGCCAGCCAAAACUCUCCACUUUCAUGCCUGUCAGUGAACGAGGCAGCCAGGAAAAGCUGGCGAAUGGAGACCCCUCCAUCAUGGGUGACCGUAACCGAAAUCUCCUGAACAAAAAGUUGACCUCAUCCUAUGAGACCUUCAGCGCAGCUAAUUUCAGCAAAAAUGAGGAAGCCAACCCAGAGGAUAUUCCCCUUACACAGACGGGGGAAUACAAGCCAUCUCCUGUCAAUACUUUAACUAGAAGAGAGGUUUACCUGUAGGUUAUCAGAAGCAACCACAAGAUUAUCUCAUAUAUGAGAAAGGAAAAAUUAAAGGGGCAAAACCUUGAAAUCCAAACAGUUCAACUCAAAAAAAGAGGGGGGUCACCAAAGAGACAAAGCUUUGCCUGCCACUUCUGCCUCCUUAUCAGGCAUGUAACUAUAAGGUCUGCCUGACUCUAAUGUACAAUAUAGAGAGCAUUAUUGUUA